CGGCUGUCCCAGGCUGCGCUGAUCCUUCACUCUCCGCCCUGCUCCCUCCUCUUCAUCAUCGGCCACCUGCCUCUCCGAGAAUAACUCAGGCAGCAAACAGGGAGGAUCCACACCCGCUGUCCCGGUCGCAUCUAUCCGCUGCAGCUCCUGCGCUCCUAGGAUCUGCUUCCAGCUGAGGAGCGCUUCCUGUCAUCAAACCCCCCUGCCCUCCUCCUUGCAUGCAGCAUGGCCACGUUUGUCUGCAGGGUUCAGUUUUUAGAUGACACCGAUCCGUUCAACAGCACCAACUUUCCGGAGCCCACCAGACCUCCGCUGUACACCUUCAGAGAGGACAUCCCCCUCAUCAACCAGUUAGCAGGAGUCCACCGGCUCCUCAGAGCUCCACACAAGCUUGAUGAUUGUGCACUUCAGCUGUCACACAAUGGAACCUAUCUGGACCUGGAGUCAUCGUUGGCUGAGCAACGGGACGAGCUGGAGGGCUUUCAGGCAGAUGACACAGGGUCCAGAGGAAAGAAGCACAGCGUGGUAUUGCGGACCCAGCUGACCGUCCGUGUACACGCCUGCAUUGAGAAACUCUAUAACUCCAACGGACGGGACUUGAGGAGGGCUCUGUUCUCUUUGAAGCAAAUUUUCCAGGAUGACAAAGAUCUGGUUCAUGAGUUUGUGAUGGCUGAAGGGCUGACAUGUCUAAUUAAAGUGGGAGCAGAGGCCGACCAGAACUACCAGAAUUACAUAUUAAGAGCUCUGGGGCAGAUCAUGCUGUACGUGGACGGGAUGAACGGUGUCAUCAGCCAUCCGGAGACGAUCCAGUGGCUCUACGCUCUGGUUGGCUCAAAGUUUCGUCUGGUGGUAAAAACGGCUCUGAAGCUGCUGCUGGUGUUUGUGGAGUACUCUGAGUCCAACGCCCCGCUGCUCAUAGAGGCCAUCGCCUCUGUGGACACAAAGAGAGGCUGCAAGCCUUGGUCCAAUGCAAUGGAGAUCUUGCAAGAGAAAGAUGGAGUGGACACGGAGCUGCUGGUCUAUGCCAUGACGCUCAUUAACAAGACGCUUGCUGCACUGCCUGACCAGGACUCCUUCUACGAUAUGGUGGAUAGUCUGGAGGAACAAGGCAUGGAGACGGUAUCCCAAAGACACCUGGGAAGGAAAGGCACCGAUCUGGACUUGGUGGAGCAGCUCAACAUUUAUGAGAUGACUUUACGACAUGAGGAUGGCGAUGACGACAGCCAGCCGCCACCCACAGGAUGCCGGGAACGUCGACCCAUCAGCCUGGGGGGAGCGGAGAAGCAUAGAGGCCUGGAGAGGCGUCGGAGCCGUCGGGCCUCUCUGGGGAGAUCGGGACAGGCCUCCCCCUGCAGCCCCGCAUCUCCUCAGAGGGCUGGCUUCCAGCCUUUCAGCGGACACCGAGCAGAGGACCUGAGCGAGAGAGAGGAGGAAUGUGGCCUGGAGGAAGAGGAGGAGGAGGAAGAAGAGACUCCUGUGACUGAAUCUGAUUCGGAUGAGAGGGAGGGGGCUUAUCAGACCACCUCCAGGGCUGCGUGCCCUACAUCCACUGUUCACAGGACCACGCUUCAGUCCAUCACCAUCACCUCCAGAAAAGCGACUAGAAGCGACAGUGACCGGAAGAAUCGGGCAGAAAUAAUCCAAACAUCUUCAUCACUCCCCUCGAGCCCCAAGCCCCCUCCUCCAGAGCCCCAUAGCCUGAGCCCCCAGUCCCAGCCUUCCGUCCUAGCCACCCUGCUGGCCAGGAAAAGGUCAACUGUCACCGUCCCUGCAACCAAGGAAGUCAGCCCCCCGCUGCGCGGCAGCUCCCGUCCGUCCCCCGACCGUUUGCCCUACCUGCCCCACUCGCCCUUCCACCUCUUCUCAUAUGAUCUCGACGAAGAUACGGCACAGUCUGCUCAGGCUAAACGCAGUGAAGAGUCACCAAAAGCAACACCUCCCAGGAACGGAGUCACAUCCUACUCCUCCCUCAGCACUCCCAGUACACCCACAACAUCAAGGGUAGCAUUAAGUGGACUCCUUUCAUCCUCCUACCGACAGCACCAGGAGUCUCUGGCUGCAGAGCGAGAGCGCCGCCGUCUGGAGAGAGAAGAGAGGCUGCAGAGGAUAGAGCGGGAGGAGAGGAACAAGCACAGCCGUGACUAUGUGGAUAAAAUGGAGGAGGCCAGGCUUGCGAGGGAGGAGCGGUAUAAGAACGUAGAGCGUCUGGCAGCGGAGGAGUACGACAGAGACCGCGUUCGGGUUUCGAGGACUCGCCCUGACCUCAGCCUGCCCUUUGAACCCUCAGAAGCUUGGCCAUCAUCAUCACGUAGCAGCACGCCAUCAUCUUUCGCUUCCCAGGAGGAAGCAGAGGCUGAUCUGGAACAUGAGACAUCAUCCACUGCCGGCACCCCCAUUGAUGCUGGAGUAGCUGACAUCUCCAGUGCAAGUGUAGAAACAGAAGAGAAACAGGCAAAAGCUGCAGCAGAGGAAGUGGAAGAGCAGAAAGAAGAGGAGAACAAAGACGAGCAGGAGGAAGUAGCAGAGGACAAGGAGGAAGCUGUGAAGGAGCCUGAGCACGAAGCGGAGCAACAGAGAGAGGAGGAGGAUACUGGCAUCCUUAGUGACAAGGAGCGACAAAAUGAGGAGGUAAACGAGAAGGACAACUGCUCGGCCUCCAGCAUCUCCUCUGCCAGCAGCACCUUGGAGAGAGAGGAGAGAGGGAGCACCGAGAAUGGCUUUAAGGAGGGAGAAGUGAAUGAAAAUUGCAAUAAACUCCUCGAUAGUAAACUCUUCAUGCUGGACAUGCUGUACUCUCAGAGCACAAAGCCCAGCGCUGAGGAGGAGGAAGAGGAGGAUGUGGAGAGGGCAAAGGAGAAGGGAGAGGGAGAGGAGGAGGACAGGGAGACCAAUCAGGAGGACCACCCGGAGGAGAACAAUAAGGAGGACAAAUCCGAGCAUCGGAGGAGUAUCCGUCCUCUGGCCGAGCGGUUUGGAGAUCUGGUCAAAGACCUCGGCUCGUCCCAGGCUCCUCUGGACGACCCGGCCAACGAGCCCCCUCCUCCCCCUCCCAAAAAGGAAUCGGACUCCAUCUGGGACCAGCUCCUGUCCUGUCCCCGGGAGCUACGCAUCAGGGACAUCAACUUCACCGACCUGACGGAAGACGACGACAAGGACAUUUUGGACGCCGUUCUGAUGGGGGGGUGCGGCGACCUCCCUCCUCCACCUCCUCCUCCACCCUUCAUCCCACGCUUCCCUCCACCGCCACCCAUUCUGGGUUGCUGCCCUCCACCUCCUCCUUUAAUUGGUAUUUUCAGGCCCCCUCCUCCUCCUUCCUUUCCCACUCCGCCAACAGCGCCCCCUCCUUCAGAACCCCCCCUCUUUAACAAAAAGAAGAAGACAAUCAGGCUCUUCUGGAGCGAGGUGCGUCCAAUAGACUCUCAAUACCGGGACCAAAAAUGGAGCGGAGACUCCUUCUGGUCCAAAGUGGAACCAGUAAAGUUGGAUACAGCCAAACUGGAACACCUGUUUGAAUCCAAAUCAAAGGAAAUAUCAGUAACAAAGAAAACGGCAGCAGAUGGCAAACGCCAGGAGAUCAUCGUUCUGGAUUCAAAGAGAAGCAACGCCAUCAACAUCGGCCUCACCGUCCUGCCUCCGCCCCGCACCAUCAAAACAGCCAUCCUGAACUUCGAUGAGUAUGCGCUCAAUAAGGAGGGGAUAGAGAAACUCCUGACAAUGAUUCCCACAGAGGAAGAGAAGCAGAAGAUCCAGGAAGCCCAGCUGGCCAAUCCAGAUGUCCCUCUAGGCUCUGCAGAGCAGUUCCUCCUCACUCUGUCCUCCAUCAGCGAGCUCUCUGCCCGGCUCCAGCUCUGGGCCUUCAAGAUGGACUAUGAAGCAACAGAGAAGGAAGUCGCAGAGCCACUCCAGGAUCUGAAGGAGGGAAUGGAGCAGCUGGUGAAGAAUAAAACUCUCAGAUACAUCCUCUCUACUCUGCUCUCUAUUGGAAAUUUCCUCAAUGGCGUCAAUGCCAAAGGCUUUGAGCUGACAUACUUGGAGAAGGUUCCAGAGGUAAAGGACACGGUGCAUAAGCAGUCUCUGCUCCAUCACGCCUGCUCCGUGGUGGUGGAGAACUUCCCAGAAAGCACCGACCUCUACUCUGAGAUUGGAGCCAUCACACGUUCUGCAAAAGUGGACUUUGAUCAGCUGCAGGAGAACCUGUGUCAGAUGGAACGUCGCUGCAAAGCUUCAUGGGACCACCUGAAGGUGAUCGCUAAGCAUGAGAUGAAGCCCCAGCUGAAGCAAAAGAUGUCCGACUUCCUCAAAGAUUGUGCCGAGAGAAUCAUCAUCCUCAAGAUCGUUCACCGCAGGCUAAUCAACAGGUUCCACUCCUUCCUGCUGUACCUGGGUCACCCAGCCUACAGCGUGAGGGAGAUCAGCGUCAACCGCUUCAGCAAAAUCCUCAGCGAGUUCGCUCUGGAGUACAGAACGACCAGGGAUCGCGUGCUGCAGCAGAAACAGAAACGAGCUGACCACCGGGAGCGCAACAAGACCCGGGGCAAGAUGAUCAUGGACAUGAACGCACCUUCUGAUGAUGAAGAAGAGCGAGAGGGUGGUCGCAAUGGUUCGAGCUGCAGUAACAACAGCGCCCCUAUUGGUCAGGACGGUGAUCAGCCCCAAGGUCUGGGCCACAGUGAAGAUGCUGCAGAGCAUGAGCAGAUGAAGGCUGUGCUGAGAACAAGCCUGACGGGCAACGACAAAGAGGGUGUGGUAGUGCCGGGACUCACGACGCGGACCAGGUCUCGCCCAGGACGGGGAGGUCGAACCAUGUCGACAAGAACGUCCGCUGUGGAGGAUAUGCAGGCUUGUGGCGACGAUGCUGCAGAUGAGAUCAUGGAGCGUAUUGUGCGGUCAGCCACCCAAGGUCCAGGAACCAGAACACAACCCAGAGAGAGGAGGAGAUCCAGAGCCAACAGAAAAUCAUUGAGGCGAACUCUCAAAAACGGCCUGACACCGGAAGAAGCUCUCGCUUUGGGAUUGACUGAUUCUCCAGACACAUAGACAUAGUCACCCCUCUACACCCUGACCCCCUCACCUGUCCCUACCGGUGUGGAAAGGCGGCCCCGGCGACCAUGUUGGCGUCAGGCGUCUGGAUCAGCCUUUAGAGUUUUAGCCCUCCAGCCACAAGCCUCUUCAGGGUUUUCACCAGCUGCUACUAAUGUGUUUGAGUGAAGAUGCUGCCAACCUGAUUGUGUGUUUGUUCUCUAUUUGUAUUAAGUAUAGAAGCAGAAACAUAAGGUUAAAAAAUGUCAUUCUCCUUUAGACUUGUUUAAAAAUCUCUCUCAGAGUCCUAGGUACUAUAAUGAAUUAAACAUCUUGGAUUUAUCCAAAGUUCUUUUAAAGAAAUCCAAAGGGAUCAUUUCUGAUUCAUUGAAGCUGUGAAUUUUGCUGUAAAGGGUAAGUUGGCAUUAUAAUUAGUUUUUAAACCAGAUUCCAGAUGAUCUCCCUUAACGAAGAAGAAAAUGUACAUAUAAAAUAGGAAUACGGAAGGUUUUUAGUCUGAUGAGUGCCUUUUAUUGUAUUUUUUUAAAGGGACAAUGCCGUAACUUCACGAUCACUGUCCAAGCUUCGGUGGCUCAAAGGUGUUACAUUUACAGUAUUUAUUUAGCAAAGCUCUGACAUCUUGCACCUCAACUGACAUUUAUUGUCUCUUAUGCUGAAAACGAGUGACUGAAACGGAGGGGUUUUUUAAUCUCAGAGGAACCUUUUUGUAAAGUGUAAAAACAAAGCAGCGAUAACAUGCUGUGUCAUUGUUACUCUGCAUUAAAUGUGUAAAUGCCCUCAUCAGGUAGAACAUCCUGUAGUUCCACAGUGUGUGCACGUUUAGUGAGGUGGCGUAAUUUUGUUGUAGAAACUUGUAUUAUAGUCUGUGAGAAAGGUACCAUUUCUGUGGAUUGGAAUUGUAAAGAAAACCCAUGAAAAAACGCGUCUAUCCCAGAAAUCGUUGUUUCUGAGGUUGUGGUUACAUUUUUACUUGGUCUGAACUUGAAUAAAGGACAUGGAGCGGUUCAAAGGGUGCGCUCCUUUCUGUGAAAUGAACACAAAGGAGCGCCGGCAGACGCUUUCACUUGAAAUGCUGUGUUAAACACAUUCUGCAAUAAAUGAAGAAAUGAA